UAAAAACCCAACUCGAUAUUACUAUUUAUACUAUUCAAUCACAAUUUCUUGGAAUAGAUGGAGUUGAACCAUCUUGGGGAACUCAUUUGCGCAAAUAUAUGAAUAAUCAUAAUAUUAUCGCAGAAGAAUUACCUAUUAUUAUUACAAAAUUUGUACGUGCUUCAAUUGAAUCAUUAGAAAAAAGAUUUCCAAACUGA